GUUGAUCUGUGUCUGUGUGUGUGUGUGUGUCAGUGUGUGUGUGCGUGUGUGUUUAUAGUUUUGUGUAACCAUGUACAGGCCGGUUUGUAUACGAUAUGUUUAUUCUACGGAAUCAAGAUUAAUGAGGAUUUAAACAAAUACAGAUAUAAUUGACUUUCUCCGCCACUAACCAUCGUCUUUAAACUUCAACAAAUUUUUAACCGCUAUUUAAUCUUCAUACAAUCAUAAUCAAUACUGACCUGGAAAAUGACUUUUAAGCCAACAAAGCCACGUGGUCCCAUAGCAGCAAUGUACAGCAGUCCUGGGCCCUGCUACCAGCUACCUAAUUUGAUCGGUCAUGAAGGGCACGACACUCGGAGUACGUACCAAAAGGCACCGAGCUACGUAUUUGGCCUGAAGCAAGAAUCCCGGAAGAGCGGUUGUAGUCCCGGACCUAAGUACAAUUUCUCUCACUUACAAGUUUUUCGGGACGGCAAAGAUGGCACACCUCAGUACUCUCUCUAUGGUCGGCCUAAACAGCGUCCUACGAUUCAUACACCGGGCCCCGGUUCCUACUCUAUUUCUCCAUCUGCGAAAUCAGUCUUUGAAUCAGCUCCCACUUAUAGUUUUGGACAGCGCCACGAAGGUCGUCGUACAGACACUACUCCAGCCCCUAACAGUUAUUCUCUGCCAGCAUUACUCGGGAGGACCAUUCAAGGUGGAAAGUUACAGGCACCAGCUUAUACGUUAUUGGGACGAAAGACACUUGGGAGUUUCCAUGAAGACUUAGCAAAGCUGUAUCAGAAUGUACAUCACGGAAUAAGAAUCCACAGAGUAUUCGAUAAAGCGUGGGGCUUUGCCCGUGACCCUUCACAGGUUUCUAAGACGGGUGAGAUUUAUGUUGGUCGACGUGCUGUUGGGAUAGUUGAGCCAGCUGUAAGUCGACGUCUGAAGAAAAGUAUAACACGACACAAAGGGACUUUCUGA